GGAGAUGCAGAAACCAUGUCUUCACCUUGCACAGGGGCCUCCCUACAAACUGCCCAGAACCCCAUGAAGCAACAGCAGGGGCUGAGGCAAGUCCACCUCACGCCCUGGGAGGAGGGCAGGGAUGCGGCGGGUCAGGAAGACUCCUGGUUGAGCCUUUGCAUCAGGGCCCAGGCUGAGCAUAAAAGGAGGGUCCCUCACCUGGGAGGAGGCAGACUGGGGACCAUGCAGACCCAGAGGGCCAGCCUCUCGUUGGGGCGGUGGUCACUGUGGCUUCUUCUGCUGGGCCUAGUGGUACCCUCGGCCAGCGCCCAGGACCUCAGCUACAGGGAGGCCGUGCUUCGUGCUGUGGGUCAGCUCAAUGAGCGGUCCUCAGAAGCUAAUCUCUACCGCCUCCUGGAGCUAGACCCGCCUCCCAAGGAUGAUGCAGAUCUGGGCACUCGAAAGCCUGUGAGCUUCACGGUGAAGGAGACUGUGUGCCCCAGGACGACUCAGCAGCCUGCGGAGCAGUGUGACUUCAAGGAGAAAGGGCGGGUGAAGCAGUGUGUGGGGACAGUCACCCUGGACCCGUCCAAUGACCAGUUUGACCUAAACUGUAAUGCGCUCCAGAGUGUCGCCAUACCCUGGAUAUGGAUAUGGUGGCUUUUGCGCAAAGGUUGAUGGAGAAGAGCUGUCAGAUCCUGAGCCUGGGGAAGAGUCUUAAGUGGUCAUUUGUUCAGAUUCAGGCUUCUGGACAGUGAAAAUAAAUUCUUGUGAAAACA